GCUGCAGGGCCCCAUCCAUCCAAACACGCCACAGAUCUUCUCACACACCCCCUGCAGGAUCUAAAGAUCACAAACUUUAAUUGGGCCGAUACAAGGAGACCUCUUCUACCAUUUUGCAGGAAGGAAGAGCCCUGUUCGUGAGAGACAGGCAGAGGUCGAGAUGGCUACCGCGUACGCUCCCAUGGCGAGCCAGGUGAUGAAGAGCGGCUUGGUGCACUCGAGGCCCAGGGGCCUUUCAGGCGCUGCGCUGACCAGGCGGCCCCGCUUCACCGUGAAGGCCAUCCAGCCUGAGAAGACAACGUACCAGGUGGUGCAGCCCAUCAACGGCGACCCCUUCAUCGGCAGCCUGGAGACGCCCAUCACCUCCAGCCCGCUCAUCGCCUGGUACCUCUCCAACCUCCCGGCCUACCGCACCGCCGUGAGCCCGCUGCUCCGCGGCAUCGAGGUCGGGCUUGCGCACGGCUACCUCCUCGUGGGCCCCUUCGCCCUCACCGGCCCGCUCCGCAACACGCCCGUGCACGGCCAGGCGGGCGCCCUGGGCGCCGCCGGGCUCGUCACCAUCCUCAGCGUCUGCCUCACCAUGUACGGCGUCGCCUCCUUCAACGAGGGCGACCCGUCCACGGCGCCCACGCUCACGCUCACCGGCCGCAAGAAGGAGGCCGACAAGCUGCAGACCGCCGACGGCUGGGCCAAGUUCACCGGAGGCUUCUUCUUCGGCGGCAUCUCCGGCGUGGUCUGGGCCUACUUCCUCCUCUACGUGCUCGACCUCCCAUACUACUUCAAGUAGACGUCCUCUCUACAUGCGUGUGCGUGCAUGGGUAGGCGAUGAGGUCGUUGAUUGAGCAGUGAGCACGUGUAUAAAUGUACUUCAAGUAACUUGGAACUUGAACUGUUGAUUUCUUACUUGGAUGGAGUUAAUUUACUUGGGGAUAAAAUUAAUGACUAGGUGUUGUAUUUGUA